UAAAAGAAUAUCUCACUUGAGCCUUGCGUUAUGGCACACGCCGCGUCCCAGCUGAAGAAAAAAGCGGAUUUAGAACUUACAGCCGCAGAGGAAGAUAAGAAGAAAAAGACAAAAAAAAAAUCCCGGGAUCCAAAGAAAAAGACUGACAGCAAUGCCAGUUACCUGCGAGCAGCCCGGGCUGGAAACCUUGAGAAAGCCCUUGAUUACAUAAAGUCUGGCGUCGACAUCAACAUCUGCAACCAGAAUGGGUUGAACGCUCUUCAUUUAGCGUCUAAAGAAGGCCAUGUGGAGGUUGUGGCCGAGCUUAUAAAACUUGGUGCUUCCGUGGAUGCCGCAACAAAGAAAGGAAACACCGCUCUGCAUAUAGCAUCACUCGCCGGACAGGUGGAUGUUGUGAAGGAACUGGUGACUAAUGGAGCGAAUGUCAACGGCCAGUCUCAGAAUGGAUUCACACCACUCUACAUGGCUGCCCAGGAGAAUCAUCUAGAUGUGGUAAAAUUCCUCUUGGACAGUGGAUCAAGUCAGAGCAUUGCCACAGGGGACGGUUUUACUCCUCUGGCCGUAGCUCUCCAGCAGGGUCACGAUCAGGUGGUGUCUCUGCUCCUGGAGAAUGACACCAAGGGCAAGGUGCGGUUACCCGCCCUGCACAUCGCCGCCCGGAAGGAUGACACUAAAGCAGCGGCACUGCUACUGCAAAACGACCAUAAUGCAGACAUUGAAUCCAAGAUGAUGGUGAAUAGAACGACUGAGAGUGGCUUCACCCCUCUCCACAUAGCAGCUCACUAUGGCAACAUCAACGUAGCGACUCUGCUCCUGAACCGCGGGGCUGCAGUAGACUUCAAGGCGAGGAAUGACAUAACACCUCUCCAUGUGGCGUCAAAAAGAGGAAACAGCAACAUGGUCAGACUGUUGCUGGAGCGAGGGGCCCGAAUCGAUGCCAAAACCAAGGAUGGCCUGACACCUCUGCACUGUGGAGCAAGGAGUGGUCAUGAACAAGUUGUUGAGAUGUUGCUAGCUCGUGGAGCUCCGAUCCUUUCUAAGACGAAGAACGGUUUGUCUCCGCUGCACAUGGCCACACAGGGAGAUCACCUGAACUGUGUUAAGCUCUUGCUCCAUCAUGAAGUACCCGUGGACGACGUCACCAAUGAUUAUCUGACCGCGCUGCAUGUUGCUGCCCACUGUGGACAUUACAAAGUUGCCAAAGUCCUUGUAGACAAGAAGGCCAACCCCAAUGCCAAAGCUCUGAAUGGUUUUACACCGCUUCACAUCGCCUGCAAGAAGAACAGGAUUAAAGUGAUGGAGCUACUACUAAAAGAUGGAGCAUCCAUUCAGGCUGUAACUGAGUCUGGACUUACGCCGAUUCAUGUGGCUGCUUUUAUGGGCCAUGAAAACAUUGUGACUCAGUUGACAAAUCAUGGAGCAUCUCCUAACACGAUGAAUGUGAGGGGAGAGACGGCUCUCCACAUGGCUGCCAGGGCGGGACAAGCAAACGUGGUGAAGUUCCUGGUGGCAAACGGCGCAGAUGUGGACGCUAAAUCAAAGGAUGAUCAGACCCCGUUGCAUAUCUCAAGUCGUCUGGGAAAACCAGAUAUAGUCCAGCAGCUGCUGCAACAUGGAGCUUCACCUGACGCCAUCACUUCAUCCGGAUACACACCACUACACCUGGCUGCACGCGACGGCCACAAAGACGUGGCUUCCAUCCUGCUGGACAACAGAGCAUCUCUUAGCAUCACAACCAAGAAAGGAUUUACUCCUCUGCAUGUUGCAGCCAAGUAUGGGAAGAUUGAAGUUGCUAACUUGCUGUUACAGAAGCGAGCGCCACCUGAUGCAGCUGGAAAGAGUGGACUAACACCACUGCAUGUUGCUGCACACUACGAUAACCAGAAAGUGGCCCUUCUUCUGUUGGACCAGGGAGCGUCCCCACAUGCAGCUGCAAAGAAUGGUUACACACCACUGCACAUAGCUGCCAAGAAAAAUCAAAUGGAGAUAGCCACCACACUGCUGGAGUAUGGAGCUGAUACCAACGGCAUGACGCGCCAGGGCAUCAGCCCGCUUCACCUCGCAGCCCAGGAGGGCAACGUCGACAUGGUGACCCUCCUACUCGCCCGUGAAGCCACCAUCAAUCUGGGAAACAAGAGUGGACUGACCCCUCUUCACUUAGCGGCUCAAGAGGACAAAGUCAAUGUUUCCGAAGUGCUGGUUAAUCACGGCGCCACAGUGGACCCAGAGACUAAGAUGGGAUACACCCCCCUGCACGUGGCCUGUCACUAUGGCAAUGUGAAGAUGGUUCACUUCCUGUUAAAGAACCAGGCUAAUGUCAAUGCCAAAACUAAGAAUGGAUACACACCUCUUCAUCAGGCCGCUCAGCAAGGUCACACACACAUCAUUAAUCUUCUGCUGCAGCAUGGAGCUUCUCCAAAUGAACUUACAGUGAAUGGAAACACAGCCUUAGCUAUCGCCAGGCGUCUGGGUUACAUCUCUGUGGUCGACACACUCAAAGUUGUGACCGAGGAAACUCACACCACUACGACUGUGACGGAGAAACAUAAAAUGAACGUUCCAGAAACCAUGAACGAAAUUUUGGACAUGUCAGAUGAUGAAGGUGAGGAUGCAGUGACAGGAGACAUGGAUAAGUACCUGGGACCGCAGGACCUGCGGGAACUGGGAGACGACUCCCUGCCUCAAGAGGGAUAUGUGGGCUUCAGUGUCGGAGCCCGAACUGCGAGUCUGCGCUCCUUCAGUUCAGAUAGGUCCAAUACGCUCAACCGGAGCUCCUUCACCCGAGAUAGCAUGAUGAUCGAAGAGAUCCUGGCGCCGACCAAGGACACGCACCUGGCUUUAGCUAAAGAGUACAACACUGACUCGCUGAGACGCUACAGCUGGACGCCAGACACUAUAGAUAACGUUAACCUGGUGUCCAGCCCCAUCCAUUCAGGGUUUCUGGUGAGCUUCAUGGUGGACGCCCGCGGCGGUUCCAUGCGAGGAAGUCGCCACAACGGCAUGCGCAUCAUCAUCCCGCCCCGCAAAUGCACUGCACCCACUCGCAUCACGUGCCGCCUGGUGAAGAGACACAAGCUGGCAACUCUGCCACCCAUGGUGGAGGGCGAGGGGCUGGCGAGCAGGCUGGUGGAGGUGGGCCCCGCAGGGGCGCAGUUUUUGGGCCCUGUGAUUGUGGAGAUCCCUCACUUUGGGUCCAUGAGAGGAAAAGAGCGUGAGCUCAUCAUGCUCAGGAGUGAGACUGGAGAGACCUGGAAAGAGCAUCAUUAUGACUGCAAGACUGAAGACCUCAAUGAACUCCUCAAUGGCAUGGAUGAAGAGCUGGACAGCCCAGCCGAUCUGGAGCAGAAGCGCAUCUGCCGAAUCAUCACAAAGGACUUCCCACAGUACUUUGCCGUGGUGUCCCGGAUCAAACAGGAGAGUAAUCACAUGGGUCCAGAGGGAGGGGUUCUGUCCAGCAUGACGGUUCCUCUGGUCCAGGCCUCCUUCCCUGAGGGUGCACUCACCAAGAAGAUCAGAGUUGGACUGCAGGCCCAGCCUGUUCCAGAUGAGGCUGUGAAGAAGAUUGUAGGUAAUCGUGCAACCUUCAGCCCCAUAGUGACAGUGGAGCCCCGCAGGAGGAAGUUUCAUAAGCCCAUCACCAUGACCGUACCUGUGCCUCCACUCUCUGGAGAGGGUGUGGUCAAUGGAUACAAAGCAGACACCGCACCCAGCCUACGCCUCCUCUGCAGUAUAACUGGUGGCACAUCACCAGCUCAGUGGGAGGACAUCACUGGUACCACACCUCUCACUUUCAUGAAUGACUGUGUGUCCUUCACCACAAACGUAUCUGCCAGGUUUUGGCUUGCAGACUGCCAUCAGAUUCCAGAGACCGUAGGUCUGGCUACUCAGCUGUACAGGGAGCUCAUCUGUGUUCCCUACAUGGCCAAGUUUGUAGUGUUUGCCAAAACAAACGACCCUGUGGAGUCCAACCUGCGAUGCUUCUGUAUGACAGACGAUAAAGUGGACAAAACCCUAGAACAACAGGAGAAUUUUGAGGAGGUGGCCAGAAGCAAAGACAUUGAGGUACUGGAAGGUAAACCCAUCGAUGUGGACUGCUACGGCAAUUUGGUUCCUCUAACCAAAACUGGACAGCAGCUGGUUUUUAACUUCUACGCAUUCAAGGAAAACAGACUCCCAUUCUGUGUGAAGGUCAGAGAUAGCAGCCAAGAGCGCUGUGGCCGUCUGUCCUUCCUCAGAGAGGCCAAAACUUCCAAGGGUCUUGCUCAGACUGCUAUUUGUAACUUAAACAUCACACUGCCAGGACUGAAAAAGGAUAUGGAUUCAGAUCAUGAAGAAGAGACUGAAAAGCCAGAACGACGUCAUACCUUUGCAUCUCUAGCCUUACGUAAGCGCUACAGCUAUCUGACUGAGCCUGGAAUGAGCCCUCAAAGUCCCUGUGAAAGAACAGACCUUCGAAUGGCUAUUGUGGCAGAUCAUUUGGGCCUGAGUUGGACUGAGCUGGCCAGGGAAAUGGAAUUUUCGGUUGAUGAGAUAAAUCACAUCCGCAUGGAAAACCCGAACUCAUUGACUACUCAGAGUUUCAUGCUAUUAAAGAAAUGGGUCACCCGAGAUGGUAAAAAUGCUACAACGGAUGCCUUAACUGCUGUCCUCACUAAGAUCAAUCGGCUGGAUAUUGUGACAUUGCUGGAAGGGCCGAUAUUUGACUAUGGUAACAUUUCAGGCACGAGAUGUUUUGCAGAUGAUAGCGCAGUUUCCCAGGAGCAGGCUGAUGGUUACCACAACAUUGAUCUGGAGCUCAAGAGCCCUUCAGAGCUGACCUAUGAGCCCCCUACCCCUCUCCACCAGGAUGAUUUCUUUAGUGAGGACGGUAGGCUAAACUUCCCCACUAGUUCCCCUGUUAGACCCAGUGAACUGUCUUUGCCAACCACUAGUGGCCCAGUGUCUGCAGAUGCCAAGCCUCCAACCGUCAAGGCAGAGGACACCUGGAUCAGAGGCCAGGAGUCCGUUAGCCAAGAGGAUUGGUCAACUGAAGAUGAUUUUGGUGUCAGCCACGAAUCUGCAGCCUCCUCGAAACAACAUGAAGAUUUAGACGUCUUCCCAAGCAGCCCAGUGAGAGAGCAGAAGAAAGCCCAAGCUGAGCCUUCUGUUUGUGCCUCAGCCAGCGUUGUUCCUAGAGAGGGUGACAGGUCUGGUUUUGAAGAGGAAGAUGAUGAGAUGACUCAAGAGAAAAUCAAGUCUCUCUUGGAGUACAUUAAGUUAGAGGAAGGCUCAGAGGAUGAGGAGAUGACUGAAGAGAGGCUGCAAGAGAUCCUUUUACAAGUGCAGCAGGCAGAAAAAGACAUGUCUUCAAUUUCAGGUUUGCAGGGUGAGACGACCAAUGCAAAUGUAAAGACUGAAUCUUCAGGCCCAGGACUGGGUACUGAUGCCCAAGGGCAGAUAGAGACCAGCCAAGAGCCAAUGUCCUCAACCUCUGGAGUGCAAGCUGAGAAGCAAAAUGGGAAACAUCCAGAGCUCCAAGCUCAAGCUCUCUUGUCACCAGAUGCCAAUGAAUCUUCAAGCAAAACAAAGGACAAAGUGAGGAAAUACUCUGGACAAGACGAAGUAAGCAGCGAGGCUCAGGAUGACAGAGGAAUAGGACCAAACAACAAAGAGGAGGGCGUACCUGUUUCCGAACCUAAAUCCCAGCAGGGAGCUCGUAGAGAUAAUGAGUCCAGCUCUGAUGAGGAAGAGACUGUCACUACCAGAGUGUAUCGACGGAGGGUCAUUCUCAAGGGUGAUCAGGCCAAAAACAUUCCUGGUGAGACGGUGACAGAGGAGCAGUACACAGACGAGGAUGGAAACAUAGUCACCAGAAAAAUCAUCCGGAAAGUGGUGCGUCGCACAGCUGGUGUGGAUGAAAAAAGCAAGAGAAAGCGUGGGAAGCGCUCCCGGCAGGCCAAUAGGGCCGAGCAGGAGGAAGAGGGGGGCCCCGGGCCCCAAAGAGGGCAAACUGAGGCUGGAGAAGCAGGGAAGGGCAAAAAGAAGGAAGGAAGACAAAGGGAGAAAAAGGGUCAAUCGUAACAGUUGUGUGCUCUGUCUGAUUUGAAAUAGUUUCAAAAUUAUUUUCCUGGGAAGAAGAUCACUGGAAACCCGCAGGAGGUCAGAGGAUGAAGAUUGUGUGUCUGCAGCUUUCACAAAAACAAACGGUUUUCAGACAGAGGACUUUUGAUUUCGCAUGAGCAUGAAAAACUUGUUUCUGUCAAUAACACGGCAAUGCUAACAGUCGUCCCUGGGUGUCAAGAGGACAUUGUUGGUGCGAUGUUUUGAUUGAUUGGGAGAGCCCGAAAUAGGAAACUCCAUGGCUGUGUUCAAACACUUCCGUGACCAAAGAGGCCACAAAACACAUUGUUGAUUGACAGAAAUGGAGGAAUCACCUUCCGCACUCGCCUUACAUUUUUCUCCUCUUGGACCCAUAUUGUCGGGGUGUAUAAUGCUGUUUAAUGGAGCAAUUGUUGUACAUAAAUUACACUGUAUAAAUUCUAAAGUGGCUCACAGUAUUGUUAAUGUACUGCAAGAGAGUAGGAAUGAACUACAGAUUCUGAUUCAGACUUUAAGGGAAAGCUUCUGUGUAACUUCACAUGCACUUGUGUAAUUAUUAGCAGUUUGAAAAUUAAAAAAGAAAAAUAUAUAUAAUAAUUAGCUUGAUUUUAACAACAGACAUUUCUUUUAAACCUACCAUAUCAAUGGUCCGGAAUUUGGAGCUUCAGUUCUAUAUGAAGACUUCUUCAGAAUACUAACAUUUUCAUGCAUGUAAUUUACUUUAUUUUGAUUUUUCAAAAACUGCAUAACACAAAAGAGAAGGCAUGAUGUACUGUAUGUGUACACUCAUUGUGCUGCCAUUGGUCACUAUAGUUUUUUUUUUUUUUUUUAAAGAUAAUAGUAUCACAGCACCACUGGCACAAAUGUGAAGAUCACAUGGCUUUGGGAUCCCUAUGCAGUUACAGAUAUGCCUGAAAUCUGAACUUUCACCAAAAUGUGUCACGUCGACUGAUGCAGUUUUAACUGUUCGCUCUCAUAUUGGCUCUAAGAUGUAGAAGUCUUUUUGUCAGUCUAUCAUUUGUAAUAAUUCUAGCAGUGUAUUAGUGUACUUUUUAAGGCUGCUGUGGUUUUGGGGGGGAAUUUUAUUUUGGUUUUGGUGCAUUAUCGACUCAUGAGGAAUCACCCUCAAGCAUUCUUGAACGAUGCAUCUGGUAAAAAAAACAUAUGGGUGGAAAAACAACAUACACUGGAUGAUCAAAUUAAUUAUUUAAGCUUAUAAUAAAUUGUGUUCAAACCCUUAA